UCAGGAUUGGGUUUGAGCAGAUACAAUCAGAUCAGGGGCAAAAAUCGAAACAUCUCUAGUAAGAUCUUUUCUUGUUUUUUGGGCUGAGCCAUCAUGUCUGAUGAGCAUGUGACCAGGAGGAGGGGGUCAGUUAGUUUUAGGAGGAAGCUUCUCAUCCUGUCACAUUCAGCUUGACUUCACUCUGAACUGCUGCAAGAGAGAGAGAUGAGGCUCCAUUCACUGCUGCUGUCGCUCGCCCUCUGCUGCUGCUUCGCUGCAGAACCUCCCGGUCCUCCGGCGCUUAGCUUGAACUCAGAAUUUCAACCUAACCAAACCGAGGUGGUUCUGAUGGCUGGAUCCAGCUUUCAGCUCAGUUGCCAUGGGAACGGAACAGCGCACUGGUCCAGCACUGCAUUUCUGGUGAGGUUCCUCAAGAAACAGGACUCACUAAAAGUGAUGAAGGCAGAGCCCAGGCACACUGGGACAUACCGCUGCAGUUACGCAAACCAGAGCCUGGAACACCUGAACACCUGGAUCCACCUGUACAUCACAGAUCCGGCCGACCCCUCCUCUGUGUUUGUCACCCCUCGCAGAAUCCCCAGCCUCAAAGAAGGAGACAACUUCCUGUUUAUGUGUCUUCUGACUGACCCGUCGGUCACUAAUGUCACUCUUCAACCACAGGACAGGAACAGUGGCCUACCUCCUGGAAUGAAUGUCACCUUUGACCCUCAAAAAGGAGUCCUGAUCCAUCAUCUGAGGACGUCCUAUGAAGGACGGUACCACUGUUCAGGAUGGAGAGAUGGCCAGGAGUUCAGAUCCAAACCUGUAGACCUGCUUGUUCUUCCCAAACUGCGUCACCCCCCCACCUUGUACAUCAGUCAGGCUGACUUUAUUCGUUUGGAGGGAGAGCUGUUUGAUGUCACCUGUCAGGCCAGUAAUCCCUCCCACUUUGUCAACAUCUCCUGGACACACCCACACAUUCAGGAUGUGAAUGUCACCGCUACCCGUCUCUAUGACAACAAGCACUUGUUCAUCAACAGCACUCUGACUGUGCUGUCAGUCACACAGAGACACACUGGACUGUACACCUGCACUGCUGUGAAUGAAGCUGGGGUGUCAGUGGUGAGAGCACACCUGAGAGUGUUAGAUCACGCUUAUUUGAGAAUCUGCUCGUACCUGCAGACAGGUGACACCUUGCAGGAUACCAACUCCAGCUGCAUGCCACUGGAGGACUGGAAAACGGUAGCGUUUAACAGCAGCAGUUCCCUCAGAGAAAAGGGACAUUUGAUAGCUAGCGUUAGCACCAACACAACACAAGUGCGUAGCAUUGGCAGUGCUAACAUUAGGGGCUACAGCAAGGUGGAGGUGUACGAAGGUGAAGACGUCACGCUGACCUUUGUUAUGGAGGCAUAUCCUCCAAUAAGACGACAACACUGGAGGACACCGACACAUAUGAACAACAACACCACCGUGUUCCAGGAAAGCUUCUCCACUAAUGGCUGCAGGUCAAAGGCCAGCCUGCUCCUGCGGCGUGUGCGACACCAGGACAGAGGUCAAUACUCUUUUUAUUUUUCCAACUGGUUCUUUAACGGGUCACAAGAUGUGGACCUCCAAAUCUACCGUUCUCCAACUGCUGCAGUCUCUCAGCAGAACGAGUCUCUGACCUGCAGCAGCUCUGGACACCCCCCACCCACAGUCUACUGGCUGACCUGCACCAGCAUGGACAGGUGUGAAAACACCUCCACCCACCAGGUGUCUCACACUAGUAUGACCUCACAGGAAGGGGUGGAGGAGGUGAAGAUGCACCUCCCGCUGUCAGCUGAUGAGGAUGUCAUAUUCGUGUGCGUGGCGUACAACCUGGUGGGAGAAAUUCGUGACGUGUUUGUUCAUCGUUCCGCCAGAGUCUCUACCGUCUUCACACCAGCUCUGAUCGGCGCUCUGAGUGCUGCAGCCAUCCUUUUCCUACUUCUGUUGGUUGUCUUCUACAGAUGCAGACAGAAACCGAAGUUUGAGAUUCGGUGGAAGAUUAUCGAGAGCACUGAUGGGAACAACUACACCUUCGUUGACCCCACCCAGCUGCUGUACAACCAGAAGUGGGAGUUUCCUCGUGACAAACUCAGACUAGGUGCAGUUUUGGGUUCCGGGGCCUUUGGGAAGGUUGUUGAAGCAACAGCAUAUGGUCUGGGAACGGAAGACAAAGCCACCAGAGUGGCGGUCAAGAUGUUGAAACCACGAGCUCACUCAGAGGAACGGGACGCGCUAAUGUCAGAAAUGAAAAUCCUCAGCCAUCUUGGUUACCAUGACAACAUAGUGAACUUAUUGGGAGCAUGCACUCAAGGAGGCCCCAUGCUAAUGAUCACUGAAUACUGUAGUCAUGGCGACCUGCUGAACUUUCUGCGGGCUCAUGCUCAGGACUUCAUGGUGUCCAUGAUGAGUGUGGAAGAGGACGACGCCUGUUAUAAGAACAUAGCGGUGCAGCCCCCCCGACUGCGCAGUGACAGUGGGAUCUCGUGCUGGUCAGACUACCAGGAGGUGAAGCCGGCUCUGAGCCCAGGACACACUGACCCAGGUCAGCUCAUCGGCACGUUGUCUGUCUUUGACCUCAUGAGGUUUUCCUACCAAGUGGCUGAGGGUCUGGACUUCUUGUCCUCCAGGAAUUGUAUCCACAGAGACGUAGCAGCGAGGAACGUGCUACUCACAGAUCGCCAUGUUGCAAAGAUCUGCGACUUCGGCUUGGCUCGAGACAUCAGGAACGAUGACAGCUACAUCGUUCAAGGAAACGCCCUGCUUCCUGUGAAGUGGAUGGCCCCCGAGAGCAUCUUUGAGUGUGUCUACACAGUCCAGAGCGACGUGUGGUCCUACGGAGUCUUGCUGUGGGAGAUUUUUUCUCUUGGUAAAAGUCCCUACCCCAAUGUUGUCGUGGAUACCAACUUCUACAAAAUGAUCAAAGAUGGCCGCCACAUGGAACAGCCAGAAUUCGCCCCAGAUGAAAUGUACCACCUGAUGACACUCUGCUGGAGUUUGGAGCCCACCAACAGACCAACGUUCAAAAUGAUUGGUCAGCUCAUCAGCAGACUCCUCCCCUCCACCAAUGACAUGCUGCAACAUCCCAAUGACCAGGUGAUGUACAAGAACAUAGACGAGUGCAGAGAAGAUGAAGAAGUCCGAGGAGCAUCGCUGAAGAGAAGAGAAGAAGAGCGAGAUCACCGUGACGAUGCAGAGGAGAUGAAGCUGAAGAACAUCUACCAGCUUUCCUGAUGUCCCCAUCCAAUCAGAACGCUUCUAUCAGUUAGAGUCCUCUGACCUCAUCACUGAAACCAAGCUUUAUUCAUAGAGCGAACAGGAAGUGAGCCCCAACAGAAGUCUCUCUGCCUGUUUUGUGGACCUGGCGUCCGGGGCGUUUUGGUCUGUGGAGUGUUUUGAACAUUUUUGAUUUCUAACAAAUAAAAAUCCUAAAAGCUGAAAGAAUUAUAAUUAAAUUUUUGAAGUAAAAGUUUUCAAUCAUUUUGUUUUCAAAUGAUCGUUUUGAACUUUGUAAAUCAGAAAUGAUCCCACUGUGUUGGGCUGAUCCGUUUUGAGCUUCGUCUCUUUUGUGAUUGAUCAGAAGCAUGAUUGUGUUUUUCAGUCAUGUUUGAUUUUAAACUGCAGAAGGUUAAUUUUCUAUUUUACUGUCAAUGACAUUCACAAGCUCUCUGCUGAGGUCCUAAAUAAAGUCAACCAAGCUGUUGGACCUGA